CCAUCCCCAUCCUCACCCUCAUCUCUAUCACCUCCCCAUCCCCAUUUCCACUGCCAUUUCCAUCCUCAUUACCACAUCCAUCCCUACCCCCCUCCUCUUUCCAAACCCGAUUCUCAACUCCAUCCUCUUUCCAAUCCCUCUCCCCACCCCGGCUCCCCCCAUGUAGGGUGUGAGGGCACCAACCCCCACUUCUGCACCAGGAAAUCCCACAGGCAGUGCCGGCACUGCACCCAUCCCUGCACUGCUUCCAUUUCUCACACCACUUGGCUCUGUGCUCCUUUCUUCCCCGGAUUCCUCCUUUCCAUGACUGCUUCGCAUUGCCUUCCUUGCAGCCUCUCUUCCAGGCACUGCGCCGUCAGCUCCCCCAGCACAUCUGGCUGCACACCAGCAGCGGGCAGCUCCAGCCACGGGCGCCUUUGUUCUCUGCCUUUCUCCAUCCCGCUCCUUCCCACGCUGACCCCCAGGUCAUUGUGUGAAAGUUCGGCCCUGCCUGAACUCAAAGGCAGUUCCUCCUCCUGCUGCUCAGCCCCGGCGUGCCCUUAUGGUUACAAACAGCCGACGUGAGGGAGACUCCAAGGAGAGGGGAAUGGGCCAUGUUCAUAGAAGAAUUCUGUGAUUCUUUGACUGCCUUGGCGAUGGCGAUGGCAGUGGUGAUGGUGAUGGUGAUGGUAAUAAUUUGGGGCAUCUACCUGCUAUCAAGAGGCUGCUCUGCUUGGACAGCACUACUCCUGGAAAUGACUGCAGCCUGGCAGGGUUUGGGCUCAGCCCUGCUGGGCACCAUGGGCUGUGUGAGCUCCCCUUGGCCACCCUUACAGGAGCAGUGCCCAGACCUGGAGGCACUGAGAACAGCCUGGCACCCAAAGGCUCCCUCUGACUCCAGCAGCACUCAGUGCCUGCGGGUGACGACGACCCCCAGCCUGCUGGCACAGCACAAACCACUUUUUGGCCACAUCGAGUGCUGCCCUCCGGGUCACCUCUGUGCCAAGGAAGACUCUGCCCAGCACUGGGUGCCAAUGGCCGGUGAAUGGGGUCUGGUGCUGAACCCAUGGACCGCAGCAGUGACCUUGGGAUGCUGCCUCCCCCUCUGCCCCUAUGGGACCAUGUCUGCUUUUCCCACGGGAAGGGAGAUGUUGGCUCAGGACAGCACGGGCGAUGGCCAUGGGAAUGCCAGGCAGAGCGGAUACCCUUUAUCUUUAUCCUUCUCCUUCUUCUUAUCCAUCCAACAAAAAGGAAAAACACAUGGGAUUUUUGGCACAGUCCUGAAAGUCCCAGCUGAGAACCAAACCUCUGCCCAGCACCUUCCAGCUCGGUUCGUGGUUCAAUCUCCAUCCGGAUCCACAGCCACGCACAGGAGCAGCCAUGGUAACAGUGACACCCAGCCCAAAGGCACACUCAGAGGCACACGUACAGGAAAGCUGCACCGUGACGCAUCCAGGAACUGGGAAUAUUUCCUGCUGCUGCAGAUGGUCACAUCAGCAGGUGAUGGGAAGGGACAGCACAGCCCGGGGGACUGAUGAGAGGUGACAGACUGCAGCUCCCCUUACCAAGGGCACAUUCCUGCGGGGUCUGUGAAUACGUUUUAGUCUUUAUCGGAGGAUUUUCCGGAUUUUCACGCUGCAGCUCAGCAGCACAGGCAGCGUGAGGUGUUUGGGACGCACAGAUCUCUGUGUCGGUGCCAGCACCUCCCGGAUCCAAACAGGGCCAGUGUCACAGCCCUGAGCUGGUCCCAGCAGCAGGCCCAGACCCCACGGGCUGCUGAGUGACCACAAUGACACCGACUGCUCUCCGGGUGAUGCUGAGCCUCAGUGCAAUGCUCUGUGUGCAUGGGGACCCAGCACUGUGAUCGUCACCACAGCUUCAGGGUGAGCAAGCAGCACCAUGCUGGGUGCCUGCACAGCCACUGCAUGAACGCAGCUUCAGAGCUCGGAGCUCACUGGCGUGAUUCUGGGGGUCACCAGUGCUGGAGAUGCCUUGAGCCCAUGGGAGAGAUGGAUCCUCACUGCUGGCACGCCGUCCUUUAACCUUGGACUUUAGCAAAAGGGCCAAAAAUAGCCGCCAAAAGGGAAGAGCCGACCUUUGCUAUUUGAAGAAAUGUUUGCACUGUCAGCACGAGCGCGGCUCGUUCGGGGGAUUUUGUGAAAGGUGCCAGGCCAGGAGCUUCGUGCUCACCCCAACAGCAGCCAGGAUCCCCACUGGGAGGAAUGAUCCUCCCCGGAAUGUGAGCAGAGCUGCUGGGCUUCCCCAGAGUCAACAGUGCUCCUCUGCUCGAAUGCACGGCUGUGGGGUGGGAAGGAGGGGGCGCUGACACUGGGAACGGACCCAGAAGUUGUUUGGGAUUGAAUGGCAAAUCCUAACGCCGUGCUCAUGGUUUGAAUGUGCUAAAGCAAAGCAUCCACUGGAGGAGCAGCGUGGGGACCCAGCACUGCAUGGCCACAGCUGCACUGUAUGGGUGACCCCGUGGUGCUAUGGGGCCGAUUCUGAGCGCUGCUGGCCCAGCCUCAGAUCCCAAAAGUACACAGCCAGAGCGCUGCCCGCAGGUAACCCGCCCCACAGCUGCCGCCCGACCUUCCUGCCAGGCUGGACUGAA